CUCUCGGUGGGGGUGCGUUGCCCGUCUGUCCCCCUGUCCCUCCGCUCCCCUCCGCCGCUCUCUAUGGUGCGGGGCGGGCGGAAGGAGCCGGGCCGCGGCGGUUCAAUGAAGCGGGUGCGGUACCGUGGGCUGAAAGCCGCCGUCGGCUCCGGAGCUGGGGGGGAAAGGCGGAUGUAAACUGUGCUGCUGCUCUUCCGACCUUGUUGUGGGAACGCUUGGUGCCGCUGGGACACUGCAGACGUGUGCUGUGGGAAGGGAACCCAAAACACGGCUGGACACGGGGCGCAGCGCUGUGUAAGAGCAGCUUGAAACAAGCCAGGAAUUCACCUUGCUCGCAGGCUACCAGGAGACACGUUUGCUGCCCGCAGGCAGAAAGUAGGAGUUGGUACUCUUCUGUCAACAUAGCUCCUCGCGUGAGCCUGCCUGUGCCUGAACACUGACACUUCUGAGCACAGCUCCUUAAAAUGGCAGAGGGAGAUGGAAGUGAAGGAGCCAUUAACUUGAACAGCUUCCAGAGUCACAGAGGGAAAGAUCGGACAGACUGCAGGUACGAAGGUAUCCUGACAUUGGAUUCCUCGGAUGAAGACUUACCUUUUCUGCUGGAAGCACCAGCGGAGCAGCAGUGUGAGGAAGAUGAUGAUGAUGUAGUCAUCUUGGAGGAGAUCCCAAAGCAUCAGCAGCUUCCACGUCCCAAUGUCAUCAGACCUGCUGCUCAAUGGCAGUGUGCAAACGCUGUGAGAGAAAGAGGAUCUAAAAGUGCUGUUGAGCCCUUGAAGAGCACAUCUCCUGAAGAUGUGAUCCCAGCUCUGCCCAGCCAGGGAGACCAGGAUAACCAUGUGGUGGAGAGCAGUGCUGGACCAAGCAAGGAUGAGAAUAUGAACUCUGCAUUGCAACAGCCCAGAUCAUCAGAUCUUAAUGGCCCUGGGUUUGAACUUACAAGUAACCAGGAGCCUGGUCCAAGUUUGCUUCCAGCAGUAACUACAAGCCCACAGCCUGGGGCUUGUAUCAUUCUGGAGGAUUCAGACUUCCCACCACAACAGGAAGAAAAGCUGGAAACCCAGGGAGAGGACUUGGAGCCAGAGCAAAACCUCAGAGAACCAGCUGAGGCAGGUCCUGCAAACCAGGAGACCCAUGAGGACAGCCAGCUGGAUCACCCACACGUCCAGCCAUCGGAAGGAGAGCCACAUGCUGUAGUAAAUAGCUGUGCUCCUCAGCAAGGACAGCCUGAAGCAGACCCAGGAUCUUUAAGGGCAUAUGGAGAGAAGGCUCCUGGGCCGGCCUUCCCCCGACCUGAACCACAGCAGGAUGGGAUUCCAGGUCCUGCUUCACCCCAACCAGCACAUCCACCAGAAGAAACGGGUCCCCAGGCAGCGGUAGACAACGAACAGCCAGGUCCAGCAUUCCCUGCACAGGGCUGCCAGGAGCUUGGCUCUAGUAAUGUUCCAGAGCAAGGAGCUGCUGGGCAGGACGAGGACCUCACCACACUGCUCAUCAGAGAGAUAGAAGCAAGAUUCCCAGAUGUGAAGGAGGACUACAUUGAAGAGCUCAUCAUCAUCAGGAACUGCUAUGACUUAAAUGUGCUUUGUAACUUUCUUCUGGAGAAUCCAGAUUACCCAAAGAAGGAAGGCAGCGUGGUUUUAAAUCCCAGCAGCAGCCUGCUUCCCAGCCAAGAUGAGACAAAGGUGCCUAAAGUGGACUACUUUGAUUUCUUCAAGCUUGCCCCACUCGAUCAGCGGUGCUUUGUUCAGGCAGCUGACCUCCUCAUGGCAGACUUCAAAAUGCUCAGCAGCCAAGACAUCAAGUGGGCACUACGUGAACUGAAGGGACACUAUGCAAUCACACGAAAGGCCUUUUCAGAUGCUAUCAAAAAAUGGCAGGAGCUGUCCUCCGAAACCAGUGGGAAACGGAAAAGGAAGAAAGUGAUGAAUCAGUAUUCAUAUAUAGACUUCAAAUUUGAGCAAGGGGAUGUGAAAAUUAAGAAGCGCAUGUUCUUCCUGGAGAACAAGAGGCGGCACUGGAGGUCCUAUGACAAGUGUUCCCUCCUCCCACUGGUGCUACGGGAGCAGGAAUUCUAUGAGCAGAAGGUGAAAGAGAUGGCAGAGCAUGCAGACUUCCUCCUUGCUCUGCAGAUGAAUGAGGAGCAGUAUCAGAAGGAUGGGCAGAUGAUAGAGUGCCGCUGUUGUUAUGAGGACUUUGCAUUUGAGAAGCUGACUCAGUGUGCAGACGGUCACUUGUUCUGCAAGGAGUGCCUAAUUAAAUAUGCUCAGGAGGCAGUCUUUGGCUCUGGGAAGUCAGAGCUCAGCUGCAUGGAAGGCAGUUGCACGUGUUCGUUCCCCACCAGCGAGCUGGAGAAGGUGCUUCCAGAGAACAUCCUCAACAAGUACUAUGAGCGGAAAGCUAAGGAGGAGGUGGCUGCUGCCUGUGCAGAUGAGCUUGUCAGGUGUCCGUUCUGUAACUUCCCAGCUCUACUGGACCAUGAUGUGAAGAGGUUCAGCUGCCCCAAUCCCUGCUGCAGAAAGGAAACAUGUCGGAAUUGCCAAGUGCUGUGGAAGGAGCACAUAAACCUCACCUGCGAGCAGCUGGCUGAGAAGGAUGAAAUCAAAUACAGGACAUCUGUAGAAGAGAAAAUGACAGCAGCCCGGAUUCGGAAGUGCCACAAGUGUAGCACCAGCCUCAUUAAGUCGGAGGGUUGCAACCGCAUGUCCUGCCGCUGCGGCGCUCAGAUGUGCUACCUCUGCCGGGUUGCCAUUAACGGGUACGACCACUUCUGCCAACACCUGCGGUCUCCAGGUGUUCCCUGCCAUGACUGUGACAAGUGCUCUCUCUGGACAGAUCCCACAGAAGACGAUGAGAAGAUAAUCCAGGAGAUUCAGAAAGAAGCAGAAGAGGAGCAGAGGAAGAAAAAUGGAGAGAACAGCUUCAAGCGGAUUGGCCCUCCUGUAGAAAAGCCCAUGGAGAAAAUCCAGAGGAUUGAAGUCAUCCCCAGACCUGUUCCUCAGAACCUCCAUCAGCCCCGGAUGUGCCCUUACCCCUUCAUGCACCCUCCUUUCCAGCUCCCUCCCGUCCGUCCCCUGUACAAUAACAUCCCGCUCCACAUCCGCCCGGUCCCUGCUCCCUACGUGCCCCCGUUACCCAACAUGAGGGUGAACUUUGACUUUCCCCAGCUCAAUGCUCGGCAGGAGCACAACUUGCCUAUGCACUUUGGCCCUCAGCCUCGCCAGCAGUUCUGACCUGCUUCAAACAGCACUUGACAUAGUCACUGCAGGGCAAAGCCACCCUAGAACAUCACCUCCCUUCCUUCUCCAACUCCUCUUGGAUUAUCCAGCUGCCAGGGGUCCCUGAGUCGCCUGUCUUUGCACUGUAUCCCUCUCUAGAGCUUCUAGGAACCUUUGCACUCAAACGUUUCAACCUGUGCUGCAGCAAGCCUUGGUGCUGCAUUUCCCAAUGGAUCUCUCCCUCUGUUGGGCAUCCAGAUGAUUUUGAUUUGGCAAAGCCUGUUCAGGCAGCUGUUGGGAGGGAACAUGACACUUUGUGGAGUGCAGGGAUGCAGCCAUUCCUUGGGGACUUCCCAAAUAUCCUACUUUCCUGCUGGCUGGAGCAGCUGCUGCACAGACAAGUGGGUCUGGGGGUAAAGAGGGAGACUGCAUCUGAGUAAGACCUUCAGGAGUAACAUAACAGGAGCUGGCUGCUCUCUGCCUGCAGAGGCUGAUGCUCCCAUGUUCUCCAGCAUCCCUGUAACCCACCGGCACCUCCCAACAGAAACACACUUUUCCAUACCAAGUCAGUGAAGUGUUCUUAGCAUUUCUCACUCUCCAAGUGGGGCAAUGGGAUGCAGCAGCCAUCUCCCUGCUGAGACCUCAGUGGGAAGCCCAGAGCCAUGUUCUGUCCUGGGGCUUUAGCAAGUAGGACAAGACUCAGGCACCCUGAUCUUUGGCUGGACUGAACUUGCCCCCUUGAAAGGGCUCAGGACUUUUAUCCCACAGGAGGGUGGCUCAGCUUCCAAAACGUGGCCUCUGCUUUGCUGUUCCCAUCUGAUAGCCCAAACUUCCCCCUGCUUCUGGCCAUGGUUCUCAGACAGCUGGAGAAGCACCCAGAGCCAAGCUGUGCCCAUCAUAGCAAAACCUACUGGGGUUAGGACCCUGCUAGAUGCACAGGCAGUGCUGUGUGAUGGGGCAGGAAAACUGGGAUUACCCUUGUAGUGAUGUGUGCACUGCAGCUCUGUGUUGCAGGAAGCUGGUUGCUGCCAUGGCAUGUGGGCAGGGUGUGUUUGAGCCUAAUCUGAUUUGGAACAGCAAAGGUGAGUAUUGGUGGGCUUAGGAAGUGAGGGGUUAGGAGCAGCAAAGCUUCCCUAUGAGAAGCAAAGGGUGUAGGUGCUGGGCUGCAGGAGGAGCUGUGGCCCAAAGCCCUUUCCUCACCUCUCUUUGGGUGCUCUGUCUCAUAGAGGUCCCCUCUAGAACAGAAAAUGGUUGGAAUGGAUAAAACCCUCCCUCCCAGCAAUGCUGGGCUAGCUUGCCGCAUCCCAUUGCUGCCAUCAUUCCCUGGGUGGUUUGCUUUGGGCUUUGUCCUACUGGUAACCAUCUGGGUGACCUUCCCAUUAUUCCCUGUUGUAUUUGGGUUUCUUAGGUAAAACUCUCUGCCUCCACCUCGCAGCUUCUGCCCAUCCCUUGCUUACAGCUCUGUAAGUGCUUCAUGCACAGCAUCCCCUUGGGAGUGCAGCAAGUGGUGGGCUCAGGGCUGUCAGGGGGAUGCUCCCAGGAUAAGCUGGACCAUUGUCCCCAGCAGGCUCUCCCAGAGGGAAUUUCCAUGCCUUUUGGAGCUGAGUCAGCAAUAUCUCCAUGCUUGGGCAUUGCCCAUGGGUUGAACGUACCCUGUGGGGUGCUCUCUUCCAGCUCUCGUGCCAUGGCCUCUCUAGCAUUAAGAACCAAGUGGUGUUCCCUUCCUGCUGUCAUCUCUUCCUUCAGUUUACCUCUGGGAGCAGCCUUGGGGCUGCAGGAACCUGUUCCUGACUGCUCAGCUGGGGUUGGGACAGCUUUAUUUACAUCCUGCCUUGCACCAAGUCAUUCCUGUGGUAGCCAGGAGCAGCAUCCCGUUGGAUUUGGGGCAGGACGGCUGUGUUCACAGCGUUAAGAGGUGGUGGGAAGAUGGACCCAGGUCAAUAGAAGAGUGGGUGCCUUCCCCUUACCGAAGGGAAAUCCUGUGUUGUUUCAUAGCUGGGAUUUUCUAUGCUCAGGUCCUGCAUGAGCCCUUCCUGAAGCGUGUUCCCUCCUGCAACAGGGUGGUUGGGGUUGUCCAUCUGUGCAAAGGGGGCAUCCUUUGGUGUGUGUCUAUGGAUGUGUGAGCAUCAGGAGUAAAGCUUUGGCACAGGGAUGCACAGAGGUGGAGCAGGAGGGAUGGAGAAGCAUCAGGCAGAGGUGGGAAGUGUCUGUGGUCCAUCCUUGUGGUUGGGACAUGAGGUUACUCUGCUGCUGUGGCACAAACAUCAUGGACCUGGAGUUGUGAUGGAUGUAAGGGGAGAAAGCCUUGAGCUGGUCUGUGUCUGAGAGAAGGUGCCUCUGCUUGGUGUCUGGUGCACAGGUUUCUGAUAGGGCUUAUGUUGAUUUAUAUACAAAUAGAAAGGGAAAUAACCCCAAACCUUACUGCACCCCCCCCAAAUCCCUCCUGAUCUGGUCUCCAACUCCUCCACCCCAUUUCCCUCCUGCCCUGCAGUCCCUGAAGCCAUCCAGGGAGGUUGCUGUGCCCAACAGGUACUUCUGGUUAUAAUUGCAGUGUUCCGUUUUACUUGCCUUAAAGGUGGGAGAAGAGAAACUUAGUAUUUGCACUUAGCAAACGUUCUGGUAAAAGAAAAGCCCUGUACAGAUGUGCAUGUUCUGCCACUUUGUAUAACAAUAGCCGAACAGAAAUAGGUGUUUUAUGAAAGAACCCAACUCAAACAAGGGAUAUUUUUCUUUACCUUCUGGUAGUUAGAACCAUUCUAAUAUCCAGUGUGUAAAAAGUUCCUGUCUUAUAUUGUAAUUUGAAUUAUUUUGUAAAUAAAUUUGUGCACUCUGA